AUGGACGAGGCCGAGCCGAACGAGCGCAGCCCUCUGCUGAGCAGCGGCGAGCGCGGGCGGGCGGCCAGCAGCGCCUUCCAGGGCCGGCGGCUGGCCUGCGCCGCCGUGCUGCUGGCCGAGCUGCUGGAGCGAGUGGCCUUCUACGGCAUCACCUCCAACCUGGUGCUGUUCCUCAACGGGCCGCCCUACGGCUGGGAGGGCGCGCAGGCCAGCCAGGCGCUGCUGCUCUUCAUGGGCAUCACGUACCUGGUGUCGCCGUUCGGGGGCUGGCUGGCCGACGCCCUGCUGGGCAAGUUCGGCACCAUCCUGCUCAGCAUGGCGCUGUACCUGCUGGGCAUGCUGGCCUUCCCCGUCAUCGCCGCGCCGCACACCCGCCAGGGCCUGUGCGGGGACAUCCCCCUGUUCCCCGUGGAGAACUGCUCCUCGCCGGCCGCCAACGCCACCCUGGCGCCCUGCUCGCAGGCCGGAGCCACCCGCUACUGCGCCGCCGCCACCUUCGUGGGACUGGUCCUCGUGGGGCUGGGCGUCGGCUCGGUCAAGGCCAACAUCACCCCGUUCGGGGCCGACCAGGUCAAGGACCGGGGUCCAGAAGCCACAAGAAGGUUUUUUAAUUGGUUUUACUGGAGCAUCAAUCUGGGAGCUAUCCUGUCUCUGGGAGGCAUUGCCUACAUCCAGCAGAACGUGAGCUUUGUGAUCGGGUACAGCAUCCCCACGGUCUGCAUCGGCAUCUCCUUCAUGGUGUUCCUGUGUGGCCAGAGCUUCUUCAUCACCAAGCCUCCCGAUGGCAGUGCCUUCACAGACAUGUUCAGGAUCCUCACGUACUCCUGCUGCUCCAGGAAGGGCCACGGGGAGCACUCGGCAAACAGUGAGGGCCAGGGAGUGCUGCCCCCGCCCCGCAGGCAGAGCCUCUUCGAGAUGGCCAAGCUGUCCCGGGGGGGCCCCUUCAGAGAAGACAAGGUGGAGGAUGUGAAAGCUCUUGUCAAGAUUAUCCCUGUCUUUCUGGCUUUAAUACCUUACUGGACGGUGUAUUUUCAAAUGCAGACAACAUACGUGUUGCAGAGCCUCCAUCUGAGAAUUCCCGAGAUCUCCAAUGACACCAACUCCAUCCACACGUUCCCAGCAGCCUGGCUGACCAUGUUUGAUGCAGUGCUUAUCCUGAUCCUGAUCCCCCUAAAGGACAAGCUGGUGGACCCCAUUUUGAAGAGGCAUGGCUUGCUGCCAUCCUCCCUGAAGAGGAUUGCAGUGGGGAUGUUCUUUGUGAUGUGCUCUGCCUUUGCUGCAGGAAUUCUGGAAAGCAACAGACUGAAAAUUGUGAAGGUUAAAACAAUUAACCAGACAAUUGGGAAUGUUACAUACCACGCUGCAGAUUUGCCAAUCUGGUGGCAGAUUCCUCAGUAUGUGCUGAUUGGAUUCAGUGAAAUAUUUGCAAGUAUAGCAGGUCUAGAGUUUGCAUAUUCAGCUGCUCCCAAGUCCAUGCAGAGUGCCAUUAUGGGGCUGUUCUUUUUCUUCUCGGGGAUUGGCUCCUUUGUUGGCUCUGGGUUGUUGGCACUGGUGUCCAUUAAAGAAAUUGGCUGGAUGAGUAAUCACACAGAUUUUGGCAAUAUCAAUGGCUGCCAAUUGAACUAUUACUUCUUUCUGCUGGCUGCUAUCCAAGGAGCCACCCUGCUGCUGUUCCUGAUUGUGUCUGUCAAGUACGAGCACCACAAGGCCAAGGCGGGCGAGGCGGCUGCCAACGGGAGGCUGUGAGCCCGUGGGGCUGUGAGGCAGGGCAGCCUGUGCCAGGGAGGGCAGUGCCAGCCAGGGCCUGCCCAGGGACCCUGCAGCCCUGCCCUGUGCCCGUGGGGAAGUGCCUUAGGGCAGGGGCUGCUUCUUGCACUACGGCCUGCCAGGGACAGCAAAGCUGGGUGUGAAUCACCGCAGGCCCUGGAGCUGCUCUGUGCCCAUGGGGAGCCGAAUCCAUCCCCUGCAGGCCCUGGAGCU